CGCAUCCCAGCACAAUCAGUACAUGUGCCGUGUGGCGCCGCCUCGCGGGCGUUGCAGUGUACAGUGGUGACAACCCUGACUUGACACCGAGCCACGAGAGACGCCGCGAUAAAGGAUCGACCGUAUUCUCAAACUGAACUUCGCCGCGCCUACACUACUUUGAAAAGGCUCUGCCUUAAGUGACACUGAUUUCUACGGGUGUUUUCCGUACGGUUCUAGUGACUGCUUAGUAAGGUUUCUUCAUUGUUAACAGGAGAAACCGUCUUGAGAUCCCGACUGAUCAUCUGUGGCCUUUGAGAAUAGACAUGGAGAGAACAAUGUUUUCUUGGGGGGAGUACGGCCCACAGUUGUGAUUCAUUUACCUAGAUAGAUAGAUAGAUAGAGAGAGAGAGAGAGAGAGAGAGAGAGAGAGAGAGAGAGAGAGAGAGAGAGAGAGAGAGAGAGAGACGUACUAUCUCCGUUAAUCUUAUCUGAUAUAGCAUCUGUUUGAAGAGGAAAGCGGUAAUGUCCAUAUACUAAGGUUGUGGCAGUCUUAAGGAGGACAAGACAGUUUGUGACCGCGUCUCAGGAAGAGAAGCCUGCACGCGCACUUGACAGUCGAACACCCGAAGUCACAAGUAGUAUGCAAAGUUUCUUGAGUGUGUAGAGUGUUCGCGAUCCGUUUGUCAGCUGAAGUAGUAGUGAGGAAGCUAGUUUAAACACCAUGACGGCCAAGAGCCAUAACCCCGAGGCCGCGGCUGAGGCGGGAGACGCGGAGGCGAAGGAGACGACGACGAAGUUGAACAUUGGUGAUAGAGAAAACGGGGAUGCGAGUAGCGUGUCUGUGAGGUUCAGGAGUGCCUCGGAGGGCUUCCAGUACGUGCUGGAGCAAGUGGGCAACUACGGCAGGUGGCAGGUUAAGGUGUUCCUCGUGGCUUCCUUCUGCGGGAUGUUCACUGCCAUGCAAAACUUGAGUGCCGCCUUCAUCGCAGCCACGCCCGACCACUGGUGUCACGUGGCCCCGCUUGACGACAUCACUGGCUCACCCUCGCAUGAUUUGCGCAACGGCUCCGUGCCCUGGGUUGUGGAGUGGGAUGGCAAGGGCGCGUACUCCUCCUGCAGAUACUAUGACAGGAACUGGACGGGGUUGGUGGCGGGCGGGCUGCGAGAGGAGGACCUGCCGCUGCUGCCUAUCGCCGGCGUGCCCACAACUGAAUGCAACAAUUGGGUGUACGAUCACUCUAUGUACGAGACAACCGCAGUGGAGGAAUGGGAGCUGGUGUGCCGUAACAAGUACCGUAUGUCUCUGAUCCAGUCCACAUACAUGGCUGGUGUGCUGGCAGGGGCUGUGGUGCUCAGUGAACUGGCAGACAAGUUUGGCCGCCGCACCAUCUCCCUCAUCUCGGCACUGGGCUUUGUGGUGUCUGCCAUCAUCGUCGCCUUCGUCACCGAGUACUCCCUCUUCCUCCUCUUCAGGUUCCUCGUUGCUGCCUUCGGGUCGGGCCUCUUCCUCCCUAACUUUGUGAUUGUGAUGGAGACGGUGGGGCCGGAGGGACGCACCACCAUGGGCAUGCUGUACCAGUGCUUCUUUGCUGUGGGCUUCAUGCUGCUGCCAGGAAUUGCCUAUACUGUCAACAAUUGGAGGAACCUUCAGCUCUGCAUAUCUAUCCCUAGUGCUCUGCUGCUUCUCUAUUACUGGGUGCUGCCAGAGUCCCCACGGUGGCUGAUGAUGCAGGGGAGGUUUGAGGAGGCCAUGAAGAUUCUGAAGAAUGUGGCCAAGAGUAAUAGGUCCUCAUUGCCACCAAGGGAGGAGCUGGAUACUCUUCGUGACAGCUUCGAGUUGGAGCGCAAGAAAAGUGAGAAGUUGCAGGAAGGCUUCUUAGAGAAAUUCAUCAACUUCUUCAGGAGCAUUAUCACACUCCUCAGCACCCGGAACAUGAGGCGCCGCUGUCUGAUCAUCUUCUUUGCCUGGUUCGUGGUGAGCAUGGUGUAUUAUGGCCUCACCUUCAGUGGCGGCAACAUUGAUGCCUCGCCCUACCUCCUUGUCUUCCUCUCCGGCCUAGUGGAGAUCCCUUCAUACUUCCUCGUUUGCUGGACUCUCAAAAAGUUUGGCAGGCGACUGAACCUGUGUGUGCUGUUCACCAUCUGUGGCACUGCUUGUCUCCUCAUCCUCGCUGUGCCUAAGGAAAUGGUGUGGUUGAACAUGACGCUGGCUACAGUUGGGAAGUUCUUCAACUCAGCGGCAUUUGGAGUGGCAUACAUCUACUCUGCUGAAUUGGUGCCAACAGGAGUGAGGAACAUUGCAGUGGGGACGUCCUCCAUGUGUGCCAGGAUAGGAUCUGCCUUGGCUCUCAUUGUUGACCUCCUGGGAGACUUCCACUACGCUGUGCCAUCCACUGUGUUUGGCCUACUCUCCGUGGCUGCCGGCCUGCUGGCUCUGCUGCUUCCGGAGACUGACAAGAUGCACCUCCCAGAAACAGUGGAAGAAGUUGAGGCCAUGCCAAGGUAGAGGAGCAGUAAAGGUUCAACCCCAUCACCACUACACCUACUGCCACUGUCUUGCCAUUCACACACCUGCCACGAAGUUCCAUCUGUAACCUGCUGUCCUAUUUCAUUGUCACAUGGGUUUGUGUCUCUGAAGUGCCUUGUGCUUGCCUGAGGACUGUUUUCUAAAGCCACAGGUGAUUUUUCAGGUUUUCAUGGGUGUAUUUUGCAUUGAUGAUGCAGAUGUGUUGUAUAACUUAUCAAUUAUGAAAAUGCCCUUGAAAGCAAAGCUCACUGCAGUCUGGUGAAAGCAGUCCAGAUAAGAUGCACAAACAUUUAAGGAUACAGUCCUUGUUGGUCUCUACUUGUAGGAGUACGUUUUGUCUCGGCUGGUGAUGCACAUUUUUAUUUCACAUGAAAAGCCAGCUUUCUCCACUGAAUGCUGAACAAAUGGCAGUGUUCCAGAAUUCUUGACACAAAAAUUUUCAUAACAAUUAUCACUUUGAGAAUUGCAUUUCUUUUGUAAUAAAUGACUCUUAGAUUGCUUCUGGCAUUUUUAAACAUGAAUUAUUCACCCAAGUUUUCUUCUGGUGGCUGGUGGUCUUGAUACCACUGAGAGAAAAGGCUGCUUAUGUGAAGAAUGUGUUCACAGCUGACUGUGUUGUUGAUCACACUUGUUAACAACAUUGACGAGUUACAGUGAUGCAUUGGAUUUCACAGUGCGACAUUAAAAUCAACUCUGAAGUUUCAUUCAGAAUUACUUUACUUCAUCACAACCAAUAUUCAUAUAUAAGAUAGCAUAAUGCAAUGUAAAUCUGUAUUACAGUGAUACUUAUGUAUUCCGUGACAUUGAUAAGAUAAUGCCAUUGUAUGUAUUACAGUGAACAGAGUAGUAUUUGCUUAUUUAGUAAAAAUGCAUAGGGCAACACAUUUAGUAGUUGUAUAACAUUUCUAACCAAGGAAAAAUUAAUAUCUAACUCAGAAAAAAAUUUCAAGUUAUACAUCUCAAGAUCUCACAAAACAGACACUUAAAAUAAAAAGUUAAUUAAACCCUUCAUCCAGGACAACACCAGCCCUUGAUAUUUUGUAGUAGAAGGACAGGCAAGGCUGACCAGAAUCCACUCUAAUCUUGUUGAUCUCGGGCCAUUUAGUAACAUACCAACUUGUGCUUCCUGGGAGUGAGAUCAGAAGUUUGAUCCCCCCCAGCCCCUCCCUCUCAUGGCUGUCCUUAAUCUCUUCAGUACUGGGAUACAUUUUAUUCACAUAGCAAGGAUCUAGGAAGAGUGAUUAAUGAACAGAGUCUUUGCUAUUUUAAUCUUCACAUAAGUUUCUGAAGCUGUAUAAAAUCGCUAAAUAGCAAGAAGAAUAAUUAUGAAAAUGCGUCAUGGUACUGGAGAGGUUAAGAUCAAUUCCUCAGCACAUACUGUGUUCUUGGAGAUUUCUGUGUCAACCUUGUUAUUGACAGGUUGGAAGUUCCUAGUUUUCAAAGGUGUUUUUAUGAUUCUAGUUCUAUAUAGUUCAACAUGGAUUUUACAUCAUCAAUCAGAAAAAAAUCAUCACAAGUAAUUUCUGGCUACUUAUAUUUUCUGGCCUUUGAAAAAUAUAAAAAGGUCUCUAGCUACUUGUAACUUCUGGCCUUUGAAAAAUGUACAAGAAACCAAGCUAAGAACACAAGCUUUAUAUUUAGUAUGAUUUCUGUAAACAAUAACAACAUUCCACAUCUGGCUGGAGCACAGUAAGGGUAACACUGCACAGGUCUUCUACAACCACCAUUAUCACUGGCAAGCAAUGAUGAGGAAAUAUUAUGUCUACUGUGUACUGUGCUUUUUGAGAUGGUGGUCUCUUGCUUUUUGAGGUGGUGAAGAAACCAAAAAAAUGGCUAUAAAAAAUUAUUUCAACGUAAACUAUCACUUCCAUUACAUUACUGUGCUCUUUAAGAUAAUGAGGGAGAAAGUGAAGAGAACCUGUCAGCUACUCUCACUAGAACUCUUACAACUACCACUAUCACCACCAAAGCUGUCCUUCUGCAUCUACUUCUACAUUACCACCACCACAAGUCCAAACCACACCUUCUCAACAACAAGGUCCCAAGACUAUACCUAGUUACAAAACUGUGAGUGGCCUGACAAACAUUCCUCCAUUCCUCAGUGUAGGUACCUGAAAAGAAAAUAGAGGAAGCUAAUGAUGAUAACAGUCAAUUGGGGAAUGUGGCUGUGAUGGAUAAUAAAACCCAAGAUAAAAAGAAAAAUGCAACAUACUUUAGCAAACUUGUGAGAAAUUAUACAGUUUGAAAGAGAGAAAUAGAAUAAGAUUGAUAAGAGAUAGUACACUGAAGAACGAGGAGGGGAAAAAUGCUUAGGUGGUGAAAGAAAUAAUAAACAGAAAUGCGGUGAAAUUAUGAGAAAGUGCACAAAAGAAAGUAAAAUAUCGAGUGCACAAAAGAAAGUAAAAUAUCGAAUGCAGAAAAGAAAACGUACAAUAUCAAAGCAAAGUUGUGGAAAAUGCAUGUUGGAAAAGGAAGGAACAUCAUCAAAUUCUGUAGAUCAAAAUAUGAAGCAUGGUAAGUUGAAAGUUGCCAGAAAUUUAAAAGAAUAAAACACAACCUUGAUUUAAACAAAGUGAAAAAAAAAAAAAAAUUGUGUGUUUCGUUCAGACUUACACAAAAAUAAAGAAAAGAUAAUCGCUUACUACAAAAGAGAAUAGGUUAGAAUAUAUUAACACCUGAUUAAUAUCCUGAGUUAAAAAGGAGACAGGGAAGGAAAGGCAAGGAAUGAACAGAGGUAAGUGAAGACACACACACACACAAGUUUAGAGCCACCAUGUAGUAAAGUUUUCUUACCGAUGUAAUAUUUUGUGAAGUGUUGAGGAGGGUUUUCUAUUGUAUGACUGAAAUAAACGAAGAUUUGUAA